AUGCCACCACGAGCCGAGAGGAUGCCGAUUGACCAGGACUGGCCGAGUGUGUGGCCCACUGCGCAAAGCUUUAAGGAAAGCGUUGUACCGCUGCCGGUGCGAAUGGGUUUUCAGAAGGCUGCUUCCAAGAAAGCGAUUCCCUCUAAACACGCGAAUCUGGAGCUGAUGAAGAUUCCAAACUUUCUACAUUUGACGCCGGCGGCCAUCAAGCGACACUGCGAGGCGAUUAAACGUUUCUGCACUCCAUGGCCUGAGCAGUUGGACACCGAUGAUGCUUGUCGAAAGCAUUUUCCUCUGGAGCUUGAGUACAGCGACUUCUGUCACUCUGGUCCGACAUUGCGUGACCCUAGGUCUCGUAUUGUUGCGAUGCGCUUGAAAUUGGAGUCUUUACCUCUGAACUACCACGCCAGGGACAAAAUCAUCCGCCUGCUUCAAGAUCGAUAUAACAAACAUGACGGCAUGAUCACCAUCGUCACCGAUCGGUGUCCUGCUCGACAUCAAAACAUCUCUUACGCCUUGUACCUCAUCAGCGUGCUAUUUCACGAAUCAUGGAAGACUGAAAGCUGGGAACACGACAAGACCGAAGAUGACAUGGAAAAAUUCUUUUGGCAAGGGAGCAAGUCGCAGAAGAGCAUAAUAGAGGUUGUAAAAAGGAUGAAAGCCGUCCAAAACGCGAGUAGUACUGAGGCUGUAACUGACUCAUCGAUGGAUUCACCACCCAAAUCAAAACGGAAUUUUCCUGAGUACCUUGAAAACCUCCUCAGCGCACCGUCAGAUAAAGAUGUAAUUUCGCUGCAAGUUGUGCAGGAUUACUACAAAGCCUGGGAUCGGUAUCGCAACGAAACGGAAUCAGAGAAAAAUCUUACCGCAUACGGAAAAUGCGUUAGGAAGAUUUUGGGAUUUCCAGAACUUGUUAGCUGA